AUGACAAUUAGAGCAGGUUUACCAAUGGAGGAUUUGGAGUUUGUCUAAUUUCAUCCUACAGGUAUUUAUGGUUCUGGAUGUUUGAUGACUGAGGGUUGCAGAGGAGAAGGUGGUAUCCUCAGAAACUCAUUGGGUGAAAGAUUCAUGGAAAGAUAUGCUCCUACAGCAAAGGAUUUAGCCAGUAGAGACGUUGUUUCUAGAGCUAUGACUAAGGAAAUUUUGGAAGGAAGAGGAGUUGGACCAGAGAAGGAUCACAUCUACUUGCAUCUCAAUCAUUUACCUCCUGAACUCUUGCAUGAAAGAUUACCAGGAAUCAGUGAAGCUGCUAAAAUAUUUGCUGGUGUUGAUGUUACCAAAGAACCUGCACCAGUCUUACCCACAGUUCAUUAUAAUAUGGGUGGUGUACCAACCAAUUUCAAAACUGAAGUCCUUAAUUAAGUUGGUGGCAAAGAUCAAGUUGUUCCUGGACUUUUAGCAGCUGGUGAAGCAGCUUGUGCAUCAGUCCAUGGUGCCAAUAGAUUGGGAGCCAAUUCCUUAUUAGAUAUUGUCGUUUUUGGAAGACAAGCUGCUAAUCUUGUUGGUGAAAAGUGGAAACCUGGAUAGAAACAGCCAGAUUUACCCAAAAAUGCUGGAGAAGCUGCAAUAGCUAGAAUUGACAGAUUAAGAUAUCAUGAGGGAUCUUAGACUGUUGCUCAAGUCAGAAAAGACCUCCAAAGAACUAUGUAAAAACAUGCUGCUGUCUUCAGAAUUGAAAAGACAUUGUAAGAGGGUGUUGAAAAAGUUAAAGAAAUCUAUUCAAGAAAAGAUGAUAUCAGAAUCAAAGAUAAAGGACUUGUAUGGAACUCUGAUUUGGUCGAGGGAUUAGAAUUAGACAACUUACUAUUGCAAGGUAAAAUGACCAUCGAAGGAGCUCUAAAUAGAAAGGAAUCCAGAGGAGCACAUGCUCGUGAUGACUUCCCAGAUAGAGAUGACAAGAACUGGAUGAAACAUACAUUGGCCAGAAUCAAAGACACCAAGAACGGUGAUAUUGAACUAACUUAUAGAGAUGUUAUCACUAAGACCUAAGAUCCAAAAGAAUUUGAUACCGUUCCUCCAAAAAAGAGAGUGUAUUGAAUAAAUAUUAAUAAUAAUAAAUAAAAUAUCAUUUAAAAUUAA